CUGCUCAUGUUUCUCACCUGGAGAAUGUGUCUGAAGAAGAAAUGAAUAGGCUUCUGGGGAUUGUUUUGGAUGUGGAAUAUCUGUUCACCUGUGUCCACAAAGAAGAAGAUGCAGACACCAAGCAAGUUUAUUUCUACCUGUUCAAACUUUUGAGGAAGUGCAUUUUACAUAUGGGAAAACCUGUAGUAGAAGGAUCUUUGGAAAGUCCCCCAUUUGAGAAACCUAGCAUUGAACAGGGUGUGAAUAAUUUUGUGCAGUACAAAUUUAGCCACUUACCCUCGAAGGAAAGGCAAACGAUAGUGGAACUGGCUAAAAUGUUUCUGAACCGCAUUAACUACUGGCACCUGGAGACACCUUCUCAGCGAAGACUAAGGUCACCCAAUGAUGAUAUUGCAGGGUAUAAGGUGAAUUACACCAGGUGGCUUUGUUAUUGCAACGUCCCUCAGUUCUGUGACAGUCUACCUCGAUAUGAAACCACCCAGGUUUUUGGUAGGACAUUGCUUCGCUCUGUUUUUACCGUAAUGAGACGGCAGUUGCUGGAGCAGGCCAGGCAAGAAAAAGACAAGCUUCCUCAAGAGAAACGAACACUAAUCCUCACCCAUUUUCCAAAGUUUCUGUCGAUGCUGGAAGAAGAAGUGUACAGCCAGAAUUCUCCCAUUUGGGAUCAGGAUUUUAUGAUGUCUAGUUCCCGAACUGGCCAGCUGGGAAUCCAGACAGUUAUUAAUCCUCCUCCUGUUGCAAGAUCAGUUUCAUACACUGCAAGUCCUUCAUCUCUGGAACAACCCAACAGUGGUAAUAUGAGUCCUGCUUGCAAAGUUUCUUCUGCCCUUGACCCAAACCUAGGGGAAAAGAGAAAAAAUAAUGAACCCUAUUCUCUGGAGGAUUCCAAAAGACCAAGGGUGGUAGGAGAUAUUCCUAUUGAGUUAAUCAAUGAAGUAAUGUCAACAAUUACAGAUCCUGCAGCAAUGCUUGGGCCAGAGACCAACUUCCUCUCGGCGCAUUCUGCCCGGGAUGAGGCAGCGAGGCUGGAGGAGCGCAGGGGGGUGAUCGAAUUCCAUGUGGUUGGCAACUCCCUGAACCAGAAGCCCAACAAGAAGAUCAUGAUGUGGCUGGUUGGUUUGCAGAACGUGUUUUCCCAUCAGCUGCCUCGAAUGCCAAAGGAGUACAUCACACGCUUGGUCUUUGAUCCGAAACACAAGACCCUGGCAUUAAUAAAAGAUGGUCGUGUUAUUGGUGGUAUCUGCUUCCGGAUGUUCCCCUCCCAAGGAUUCACAGAGAUUGUUUUCUGUGCCGUGACUUCUAAUGAGCAAGUCAAGGGUUAUGGGACUCACCUAAUGAACCAUCUGAAGGAGUAUCACAUCAAACACAACAUUCUCAACUUUCUCACGUAUGCAGAUGAAUAUGCUAUCGGCUACUUCAAAAAGCAGGGUUUCUCCAAAGAUAUUAAAGUACCAAAAGCAAAAUAUGUUGGCUACAUCAAGGAUUAUGAGGGUGCCACGUUAAUGGGAUGUGAAUUAAAUCCAAGGAUCCCCUACACGGAAUUUUCUGUCAUCAUUAAAAAGCAAAAAGAGAUCAUUAAAAAGCUCAUAGAGAGGAAACAAGCUCAGAUACGAAAAGUUUAUCCUGGCCUUUCUUGCUUCAAAGAUGGAGUACGGCAGAUUCCUAUAGAAAGCAUUCCUGGAAUUAGAGAGACUGGCUGGAAACCAAGUGGAAAAGAAAGAGGUAAGGAGCCCAAGGAUCCAGAUCAACUUUACAGCACAUUAAAAACCAUCCUGCAGCAGGUGAAGAGCCAUCAAAGCGCUUGGCCCUUCAUGGAACCUGUGAAGAGAACAGAAGCUCCUGGAUAUUAUGAAGUUAUAAGGUUUCCCAUGGAUCUCAAAACAAUGAGUGAGCGACUCAAGAAUAGGUACUACGUGUCUAAGAAAUUGUUCAUGGCAGACUUGCAGCGAGUCUUUACAAAUUGCAGAGAGUACAACCCCCCUGAGAGCGAAUACUACAAGUGUGCCAAUAUACUGGAGAAAUUCUUCUACACAAAAAUUAAAGAAGCUGGAUUAAUUGACAAGUGACACUUGGCUCUUUUUUACAACCAAAUAGCGUGCCUACCUUAUGGGCAGGGGAAGCCGUUAUAUGUCUGAGUUGUGGAACUUCACCGUUUCAAGAAACUUCUGUUUAAUACUUAGCACUUUUAAAAACCCUUUUAGUUUUGCAAACAUGUAUUAUACUGAAGUUACAAAAAUUAUUUUAUUAAAAUGCUUUAUAAUGUAUUUAAUGACAGAAAAUUUCCUUUGUGUGCCCAUUACCGUAUGGUCAGAAUAAGUUUAUCAGCGACAGCCUCAGAUACCCCACAAAACAUGUGGGAAAUUGCACAUGUUUGGGAAUAUGAAGAAAAUUCCUGGACAACAGAUGUUAUAGCUUACUUAAUGCAGUACCUAUUUGAUAAAGUUUCAGUAUUU